AUGAUUGACAAAGUAUUAUCGGAAUUUAAUAUUCAGAAUAAGACAUCUCUCAUUGUAACUGAUAACGCGGGAAACUUUGUGAAAGCUUUCAGUUUGACAUUACCUCAACAUCAAAGGUGUGCUGCGCAUACUUUGAAUUUGAUUGCUACUACUGACAUUGGAGAUGCUGAAAAAGAUAAAGCCUACAAAAUAUUGAGCAGACGCGUGUUUGGGAAAUGUCAAGCUUUAUUUAACAAGCAGAACCAAUCAACGCAAUAUGCURAUCAAAUAAAAAAUGUUCUUGGCAGAUAUUUAACUACUCCUAAUGCUACAAGGUGGAAUUCAUUUUAUGACGCUAUUAAAUGUAUUGUCAGUAAUUUGAAUAAAAUAGAUGAAGUAUUUUCUAUAACGUCAUUGCCACCAUUUUCUAGACCACGUGAAACUUUAUUUCUAAUUGAGUAUUGCAAGGUUAUACAACCAAUCGCAAAAAGCUUAGACAUAUUACAAGGGGACAAACAUGUGUGUCUUGGAUAUUUACUUCCUACAUUAACUGCGAUUAAUAAAUCAUUAAAAAGUUUGUCAAGUUUAAACUACUGUACGCCAUUGGUAAAUGCUUUGCAAAAAGGAAUAGAAAAAAGAUACAUGAGUUCUAGCACAUGUCAGAUAUCAUCUGCUUUAAUUCCUAAAUUUAAGUUGAACUGGGCCAGCUCAGAAGAAAAAAUAAGUAUUAAAGAAAAGUUGGUUGAAACUUUAAAAACUUGUGCUGAGGAUGUAGGCAGUACAUAUACUUCUUCACAACCUUUGGUUCAAAAUGAUUUGUCACAUCAAAAUGCAACUGACACGGAGGAUGAUGAUUUUUUGCUUUUUGAAGAUGACUUGCAAGAAUCCGAAAAUAAUUAUGAUUUACAAAAAAUAGUUUCCAUUGAACCAUAA